CGUGAGCGCCCCGCUACGUUACAGGAGCCUUCUUGUGCUGCUGUAAUGCGCAUCACCCAAGCUCAUACUUGCCCGGCUGCUCCUAGGCGCCCUGGCUCGAAGUGUAUUCACCUGACACACCGUGGAAAUCUGCCCAAGUGCGCUGUGGACCAGAGGGCGUCCGCAGUCGUCGCCUGUCCAGUUGUUGCUGAUUCGAGUGCGCGGCGCACCUCAGUAGAGCAGCCAGACGCUUUUACAGAGGCUUCGCGUAUAGAAGGGUGACGCCCGCCCGCCCAUCGAUUCUCCCACAGCUGCACCUCGUGGAGAGUGCGCCCUUGACACGUUGGAGACGUUGCGGUCGCUGCUGCCUCAACACGCACUGGAAGAUGUGCUGCGGAAAUGCCCCCAGCUGUUGAACGCGGACAUCGGCACCUGGGAAGCGUUCUUCUCAGCUUAUGGCGCCGCUGACACGUACCUGCCGAGGCUCAUCCAGCGAGCCCCGCGCUUCUUCCUGACAGCGUGCCUCUUCUCUGCGGGUAACGUGUUGCUGACUUUUCGAGCAUUGGGUAUUGAUCCUGAAGACGCGUUGGAAAUGGUCGUGCUUGAUACGCCUGGCGUCCUCAACGUGCCGUCAGAGCAAGUAGCGGAGAGGAUUGGGCUCAUGCGCGCGCAGGGUCUGAGCAAUGCAGAGAUUGCUGAUGCAAUCAUGCGGAACCCAAUGGAGGUUUUGUGCUGAGAGUGAUCUGAUUCCAGCAAUUCGGUAGCGCUCAGUAAGUUGCGAUGCAGCUCUACUUUGCCGGGCUGCAGCCUGGUGUUAACCUGCCGUGUGUAGGGUUGUGUGAGGUGUGGCAGGGGACGGGGCACAGUUGUGAAGCUGUGCGCGUGAGGAACGCUCGUGUGACGAACUGGUAUGGAAUUUGCUACGGCGCUGCUUGAUGGGCAACCCGGUCUCGGGGGCCUUCUACAAAAUACCAUUAUAAUAAUUUAGAAUUUUUCUCACAUUAAUUCUAAUCCUAAGACCCGGCGCAACCCUAUUGAUGGCAGUGAAGCGUGACUGUGGCUUGGGGGAUUCUGCGCGCGCAGUGCACUUGAUACUGUGCGUAGCCGUACAGAGCCGUCGUCUUUACAGUGGUGGUCCCUGCAUGACACACGUGUCCUAUUGUGUAGGCGGUGCCCAUUUUAGUAAUAACCGUAUGUCCUAUUGCUGCGUGCCCCAGAUGCGGGGCCUCUCGCAUAGCCGCGCUUGUACGGGGCAGAGGCAACGAUGAAGCAUGCGGCUAGGGUGCGUUGAUGCUGAAGCUACAGUUUCGACGACGGAUGGCUGGCGCCUUGCCGCAGGGCGCAACUCCAUGGUCGGGUGACUCGGCUCCUCGCGGUAAAGCUGAGUCGUCAUGCCUCGCCGCCUUUAUACGGCAAGGAAGGCAGCAAAUGUUGGAAGAAAUGCUUGCGGCUGCGCGCAGUGCGCAGGUGGCCGGUCUGGUGGUGAGGGCACACGGGCUGAGCCCCCACACAGACUCAGCGUGUAUCGGUAACAGGCCGAUCAGCCAUCGCUGAGUCUCCCUAUUCUUGACAUCCUCCUCUGAGUCCCACGCCUGA